UCAUACAUUUCCUGGUAUAAGACGUUUAAAAGUUGGUUGAAGUGUUCAAUAUUAUUGUUGAAAGUUUAAACAAAUAAUGUCUACUAUACAAUUUGUGAUACAACCGUUACCAGGAUCAGAUGAACAGUACAUUGAAAGGCUGCGUGAAGUAUCUGAUAAAGUAAAUAAGUUCGGUUGUGGUACACAUCGAAUAUUUGAGCAUCUUAAAAUACCAGUUAAAGAAAUUGUCGUAGGCCCAAACCACAUUGGUGUACUAUUGGAAGACGGGAAGGCAUUUCGAGCGGCAUUUUCUAUUAAUUCAGACCGUAUAGAUCUGAGCAGGAUUGACAGCAGCAAAAGCAAUAUAAAUAAUAGCUCUAAUCUGACAAAUAAUUCAAAAAGUGCUGCCCCAUCGUCAGCAAGGCAAUUAGCUCGUUCAAGAGCGCGUCUUAUGCGUACAACCGGAAGAUCUGGAUCUGCAAAUCAAAGCUCAGGUUCACGCAGCACAGGAGUAAUUAUUGGCAGUGGCUCAUCAAGUCGUCCCAUUGUAACCGUGCCUGCAACUUACGUUCCUGAAGAACUAAUAUCCCAAGCAGAAGUCGUUUUACAGGGUAAAAGUAGAAAUCUAAUUAUAAGAGAAUUACAGAGGACUAAUUUAGAUGUAAACUUAGCAGUUAAUAAUUUGCUGUCUCGAGAUGAUGAGGAAGCUGAAGAUACGGAGGAAGUUGGUGAUAACUAUGUUCCAGAGGACUUAAUAUCCUUGCUCGAUAAUGGAUUUCAUGGAGAUAAUAGCAGCGUUAUAAUAGAUCCUUCGGAUGGCCUUUUUUCUGAAGAAAUAUUCAGCAACUAUUCUAGUAUCCGCAACUUACUAUUCGAUCGCAUACGUAGUGAAAGAAAUCAGGCGAACUCAAGUAAUUCUGACAAUCAAGUGCGACCUUUAACAACUUCUAGUGGCGUAUUGUCGUCAAAUAAUAGCUUGUCUGCACAAAUAUCAUCUGUAAGUGUUGAUCGAGAAGCUUUUAGUCGAUGGAGAGAUCGUCAAUAUUACGGACCUCGACGUUGGCUUAACAAGGACGAUUAUGUUUGGGAAAACAACGGAGAUUUGAGAAAGAGAGACAUUUCAUCCAGUUCUCCUCUUUGGAUUUCGGAAGAAUUACAACCUUGGCCGGAUAAAAAUGGCUUCACAAAAUUUAAAACAUUAGGAGCAUUAUAUUCCGAGUUUAUUGCGCUUUCAGAAAACGGAGAAUUACAUCAGUGGAAAUGGUCAGAAUUAGAACCUUACAAAUCAGAGGUGGAGCAUGCUUACCAUCCAAAAACAAUAAGUCUCAAUAUAAACGAAAAAGUGGGACAAGUUUCUGCUAACUUUAUUCGUUGUUCGGUGGUAACAGAGAGUGGGCGUGUUGCAACUUGGAUGGACGAACAAAUAGGAUAUUUAGGAGCUAAACUUGAGCAUCCAACAAUUAUGUUUAACGAAUUUGUUAUGGAUCCCAUAGCAUCGAUUAAUGUUUGUUCCUUAUAUACAGCAGUAAGAACUGAAAGCAACAAUGUUUAUUGGUGGGGUGUUUUACCAUUUGAUCAACGUCGUUACUUAUGGGAUAAAUUUCGAACAAAGUCUAAAAAACCGUUUAAAUCUGUAUCCUCUGAUAUUACUGUCGGAACUCAAGUGAUAAUGAAAAAAUGUCCCAUAUAUCAAGCAGGUUCUAUUGGUUUUAUAUGUUGUAAUGGUAUUCCAAAGAUAGGUCAGUUACAGAAUUCAGUCUGGGACCUUAGCGAUGUUUGUCGAUUUAAAAUAAUUACAUUAACUCCGCAACCGAGUGUGGAAAAAUCACAGCUAGGCACCUGUAGCUCAAUAAAUACUGAAAAGGAUUAUAUAAAGGCUCAUAUAUCAAACACAGUAAAUACACAAUCAACGAGUAAAUCACUAAGUUCUACAAAAGAAACAACGGAUCGGAUUGAUAUGCCUCCGCCUCCUUCACCAGCAUCAAGUACAUGUAGUGAUACUGGCAGUGUCACUUCACAUAAGCGAGCAAAGAGAAUGGCUACGAAAGAUGAUGUUGAAAACAAAAAAGAUGAAGAAUUGUGGCAACUAAGAGAUGUUGUUUUUGUUGAGGAUAAAGUUGGACCGGUUGGAAAAGUAUUAAAAGUAGAUGGCGAUUUUGUGGCGGUGCGUUUCCCAAUUUCUCCAACAUCUACGAGUUCUGUUUGUAGUAAUAAUAAUGAAGGUAAAGACGACGAUUGGCAACAGUGUCGACUUUUACGCCGCGAAGAUGUUCAGAUUUACAAAACAAAUAUGGCUUUACGUGGAUUAGACUGGUUGCAAAAGAUGCCGCGAAAAGUCAAUAUAAAUGACUCAAAUGGAUAUCAAUUAUUAACUAUGACAGUGGACGUUCGGGGAGUACAUGUUAUAAAAAAACAUGGAUGCAAACUUUUCUACAGUCUAUAUAAUCUAUAUAACAGCAAACAAGAACAAAUCUGUCAGUUUCCUACAGAUAGUGUAUCGUUUUUAGGUGUUACUCCUAAAAAUAUUAACAUAUUCUGUAAUAAUGACAGCGGUGUCAGUACCAGCAAUAUUUUAGUUUGUGAUGGAAAUCGUGCUCUCUAUCCAAUUGCUAAAGAUUGCUUGGGGUCAAUAAAAGAUCCCUAUUGGCUGGAUCUACCGCCGGUUAAAAGUGUUUCGAUGAGUAUGAUACCAUUUUCUUCAGCCGGGAAUCUUAAGUCAAAAUUGUGUUUAACGGCUUUAGUUUUUGAGACACAGAAACUAAUGCCCCAUAUCUUGAGAUGUGACAUCAAAAAUGCCUUUGCUGUCCUUAGUCGUUUAGAAAAGAACGAACGCAAUGAAAUUAUGCCUAUCACAGAAGAGCGUUGUGAUGGUGGUCGUAACAUUUUCCAUGCAUGUGUUGCCUUAUCUGCCCCCACAUCCAAUAAGGAAGCAGACGAGAAAAGAAAUAUUUCAGGAAAAGAAAUAUUUAACCGAUCAUCACCAUUAGCUAACACAGUUUUUUCUAACUGUCCGAAUCUUUCCACACAUUUGGAUAUAAACAAUAGUAUAACUACAGCCAAUACUGGGCCGCCGUCAACUAUGAACUCUACGGUAAAUAUGAGAGAGAACCGCUCCGUUAGUUUGCGAGAAAUGAUGAAUCACUUGAUUAAUACUGAAUCAGAGCAAAAUAAUCCGGCUCAUAGGAUAGGAACGGUAGAGGAUCAUCUUUAUAUACCACAGUGGUCAAUAGAUGGGACCAGCACUAGUCAAACUUUAAACGAUAUCGUUACCACGAGUGAUGUUGAAGAUAAUCUUUCAAAGGGUGCAUCUGGCAAUGUAUCAAGCAUUACCUCCUCCGCAAGUAUACCUACACCAAAUUACGUUUUCGAACCUAUACAGCGUCGAGAGCAUGCAAUUUUGAUUUUGCAACAAAUGUGUUCAUCGGUUGCGUUUCGCCCUUAUUUACAUCAAAUGCUAAGUUUCAAGGAUUCUCAAGGCCGAACCCCAUUUAUGAUAUCAGUGUACACUCGUGCCUAUGAAGCUGGUAUAAUACUUUUAAAUACAAUUCUAAGUUUAUCAGAAAAGGAUGCUUCGCUUAAAAAUUCUAUGAUAUUUCCACCUGGAUCCCCUCCUGAUCAAUCUCCUUUAUAUGUUAUUUGUUACAACGAUACUUGUUCAUUUACAUGGACUGGAGCAGACCAUAUCAACCAGAACAUUUAUGAAUGUAAAACAUGUGGUUUAACUGGAUCACUAUGUUGUUGCACAGAAUGUGCACGUGUAUGCCACAAAGGUCAUGAUUGUAAAUUAAAACGAACAUCACCGACCGCUUAUUGUGACUGUUGGGAAAAGUGUAAAUGUAAAGCACUUAUCGCUGGAAACCAAAAUAAACGGUUUGCUCUUUUGUGCAAAUUAGCUUCUUGUACUGAUCUUGUAACGAGGUUCAAUUCAAAAGGUGAAUCAAUUUUACUAUUUUUAAUACAGACUGUUGGCCGGCAGACAGUGGAACAAAGACAAUACCGUGCUAAUGCUCGUGUAAGAAAUGUGGGCAGUAGUUCAGGUAGUGGCACAUCACGGAAAUCUUCUGCUAUUGAUCUUGACGCAGAUAUGCCAGAACAUGACCUCGAACCACCAAAAUUUGCUCGUAAAGCACUCGAACGGUUAUUAAUUGAUUGGCACGCAGUCAGAGCCAUGAUUAUGACCGGUGCUGAUAAAACUGAAAUUUGCCAAACGCAACCUAAUUCAGUAGAUGCAUUGAAUACUGAGAGUUAUAAUAUGUAUGUUCUAAACCAACAGGGAUCUACACUUUUAGAUAAAUUUACCCACAAUUUAUUUGUUAAGUGUAGUGGAGAUCAUCUGGAUACCCUUUUGAUGACAUUAUUGCGUGAAAUGCAGGACGAUACCACUGCAGGUCGUCGAGAAGAAGCUGAAUCAGUUGCACGUCGGUUUGUACGGUCUGUAGUACGGGUCUUUGUUAUUUUCAGUUUAGAGAAAAUGCCGAAUCCAGAACGGAGAAAAUCAAAUUUAGCUUCGAACAAACAUAUUCAAAGCUGUGUAAAAGUUUUUCAAUCUCUAUAUAAAAUUUCUAUUGAAGAAUUGUGUGAGGUAUCUGAAUCUCUUAUUGCACCAGUACGUCUUGGCAUUGUUCGACCAACGGCUCCAUUUACUAUGUCUUCUACAAGUAUUGAUAGCUCGGAUGAUUUAUUUAGCGUUGAACCCCUGGCCCCCUCAUCCGCCACUGAAUCAUUAUCAGAACCUGCAUCAAGUCAUGAGGAGAAUCAAUCAGUUGCACCUGGAUAUAAUAUUCAAUCAAAUUUUUCAAUUGACAACAUAGAUGUUUUACGAGAUGCUCAAGAGGGUGAAGAAACUAACAACAGGGGCAACAGUAAUCUUGGCCAAGAAGAGGAUAUUCUAGAUUCUGCUCGAAAUGAAGAAGUUCUUCAGGACGAUGAAAGUGAUAAUGAUUUUCCAUUUAACGAUCCAGAAACUGAAUCUGAUUCUGAUGAUAAUCAAAGUAAUCAAGAUGCACAAAGGAGCGUACAAACUGGGGCAACAAUUGGUUCAGAGACAGAUAUUGGGGUCCUUUUUCUUGAAGACGAAUCUGGCGAUUCUUCGCCGCAAGAGGAGGAAGCUUCUGAGGAUGGCGAAACAGACGAACAAUCAGAUGAAUUUAAUUUCGGAGAUCAGCAAUUGGAACGUCGAAAUACAAGUAAUAAUACCCGUAAUGAUUUAGCUCCACAAUCUAUGCAAUGGGCGAUAAGAAAUAGAGAUAUAUCUCGCUCUUCUGUUCGUGUACCAGCUGGAUCAAACUUAGUUUUUAUUGACCCUAUGGCGUUACGUCGCUCUACUGUUCCAACAAGUUCUAAUGUAGCUGCUCCACCCCAAGAGCAUCAGACUAUGGCAACAACCGCAAGCAACUUGGCUCGUGCAUUCGGUAUUGUCAUCCGGCAAAUAUCAGAUCUGCUUAAUAAUUUUACUUAUCAACUUACAACUGAAAUUGAGAAGACUACAUAUAAAACACAAAUGGAAGAAGCAAUUCAAUUACAAAUGUACAUUGAAGAAAGAUUCAAGUCUACUUGGAACUGGAUGUAUUCAAUUAUGGAUGGGACAGAACCACAAUUGAAGUUUGGGACUUAUUUGACAAAUUAUACCGAUCCAACACAUCCACUUCAUCCCCUUAACCUUAAUACUCAGAACACUUCUAACCAAUCUGGAUCUUCGUCAGCUGGAAUUAAUAUCAUGGGUUCAUCCACCCGAAGAGAUUUUUUCACUUAUUGCUUGUCCCUGAUGCGAGCUCAUACCUCAGAACAUCGUGACGCUUUGCCCGUCUUGGAUAUAACAGCUUUUCGGCAUAUAGCCUAUGUAUUUGAUGGCUUUUUUUACUAUAUGCGUAAUAAUUCAAAUUUUUAUGAAAAAUCGGAACAUUUUUCUAACAUAAACAUUUCCAAUUUAAAUGAGAAUGAAGAUACGGAUGAAGAGUUUUCUAACGUAACAAAUGAGGAAAUGUUUCCUGAAUCUAAUUCUUCUGCUGCAAUAGCUAUACCUUUAUCAGCAACAACUCGUCGUCAUUCGUUUUUUGUGCGAUCAGAGUCAACAUUAAGUCUUGGUUGCUUGGCGCCAGAUAAUUUUGACUUGCCACUGGAUGUUGCUAUACCUCUAGCUGAUAAACCGCAUCUUCUUCAGCCAAAUUCCAAGCGAGAGGACUUAUUUUCUAAUUUACCGCUUUUAAUCCCGACAGAAGAAAAUACUGCGGAGGGUGUCAGUAUUACUGAGGCACAAACAAAGCUAGGUUUUUCUAGCUAUAAGUCGGUGUUAAAUAGUUGCGUAAAAUUUGGAGAUAGCUGGAAAACAGAAUUAGAUUCAAGACUCCGAAAUAUUGAACCAAUGGAUACUGACGAAAAUGUACCUGGUCUCGAAACUCAAUCAAAUGUUAGUAAUCCAAUGAAUUCUAGUCGCCCAGAAGUUAUUAUUACCCCUAAUAAAUUGCAAAAAACUGAAGAGGAAGUCGCCAAUGUUUCAUAUUUUCCAACCACGUCAUCGGCUCGCAGUGUUAUUGUCCGGGCUAGCUCAAUGGCAAAAAAAAUUGAAAAUGAAAGAAUUGAUAUACGUUUGCCUUUGCAAGAGGAUAUAAAACGAACAAACAUUACAUUUCCACCUCGCGGCAUACAUUUUUGUAAACAAUUUUCUUCAGUCACUCCUUCUUGGAAUUUUUUACUAGGGCGAUGGAAAUUAACACUUGAUUUAUUUGGAAGGGUCUUUAUGGAUGACGUGGGCAUGGAGCACGGAUCAUUGCUACCAGAACUACGUGGAUUUCCUGUUAAAGAGAUCCGAUUUCGAAGACAUAUGGAAAAGUUGCGAAACGGACAGCAACGUGAUCUUAUAUUAUGUAAAUUAGAACGUAAUCGGGAGUGCUUAAUGAUUCAAACAUUUAAAGAGUUAAAUGCUCAAUUUGGUAAUCAAACAAGGCGAGUACAAACCCCUCUGACUUUUAAUCGCGUAAAAGUAACUUUUAAAGACGAACCUGGGGAAGGAUCUGGUGUAGCGCGCAGUUUCUAUACAUCUAUCGCCGAAGCAUUAUUAGCUUCUGCUAAAUUGCCAAAUUUAGAAACGACGCAUAUUGGUAUGAAUAAUAAAUAUGGAACUCCAUUUUCAAGCAUUUUACGAAAUCGAGGUGUUUCUAAUCGCGAUCCUCCAUCAUUGCAAAGGCGUACCGCGGGAAACAAAAUUUUUUGGCGCACCUCACGGGAGAGGAAACUACUCAAUUAUGAUGCCAGGCCAUAUCUUCCAGCUUCAAAUCAUUCAGACGGACCAACUGAACCCAAUGACCACUUAUCUGUGCAUUUACAACAGUUAGGUGAAAGGCUCUUUCCUAAGAUUUACUCUAUAAAUGCUACAAAUGCAUCAAAAAUCACUGGAAUGCUUCUUGAAAUACCAACGCCUCAACUACUUUCCAUUUUGUCCUCUGAAGACACAUUAAGACAAAAGGUUAACGAAGCUCUUGAUAUAAUAACAUACAAGCAAAAAACAGAGGCUAAUAAUGUAUCUACCCAAACUCAGAAGAAAAUGAUACCGGUGGUAUUACUUGAACAGUGUCAAAUUGAAGAUAAUGAACCCUUAUUUUAUUCGCCUGGGAAAAGGGGUUUUUAUACCCCAAGACAAGGUUAUGGCUCAUUUGAACGAAUAAGUGCAUUCAGGAAUAUUGGAAGAUUGAUCGGAUUAUGCUUGCAGCAAAAUGAGUUGCUUCCACUUUUUUUACAACGACAUGUAUUAAAAUUUAUAUUAGGAAGGAAAAUUAAAUUUUACGAUUUAGCAUUUUUUGAUCCCACAAUAUACGAGUCAUUCAGGCAACUUAUACUAAACGCCCAAUCAGAAGAUGGAGAUGCCACAAUACUACGCAUGGAGUUGUUUUUUGUUAUCGAUCUUAUGAAAGAAGAAGGAGGUGGUAGUGUCGAAUUAUUACCGGGUGGACGUGAAAUUCAAGUUACUAGCAGCAAUUUAUUUGAGUAUUUAAAACGUUACACCGAAUAUAGAUUAAUCAAAUCGCAAGAAAAAGCUUUAGAGGCGCUAAGAGAUGGAGUGUUUGAUGUGCUGCCAGACAGCUGCAUGAACAGUUUAACUGCUGAAGAUCUUCGUCUACUAUUAAACGGCGUUGGAGACAUAAAUGUGUCCACCUUGAUAUCAUAUACAACUUUCAAUGAUGAAUCCAGUGAGGGAUCUGACAAGCUCCUGAAAUUUAAAAGGUGGUUUUGGAGCAUUGUAGAAAAAAUGGGUACUUCAGAGCGUCAAGAUUUGGUUUAUUUUUGGACCGGCUCACCUGCGCUACCAGCCUCCGAAGAAGGAUUUCAGCCCCUUCCUUCUGUAACUAUUAGACCAGCCGAUGAUUCGCAUUUACCUACAGCAAACACCUGUAUAUCACGUUUAUAUAUACCUUUAUAUUCUAGCAAAACCAUAUUACGUAGCAAAUUACUUAUGGCCAUUAAAUCGAAAAACUUUGGUUUUGUAUAAAUUUAGAGAUAAGCUUUUAACUAGAGUAUGGUUCUACAAAUUCCAUUUAUAUUAAUGGCGAAAUUGAGAUAAUUAAUUUAUGUUUUCUUGUACGACAUACUUAUUUAUUAUAAGGAUAUAUUUUAAAUUGCUUGCAAAAUUGAUUUUAUUUCCACUUACAAUUUGAAUUCAAUAAGAAAUCUGAACAUCUUAACAUUUUUAUUGAUAAACAGAAAUGCUUAUUUACAUGUAGUCGUGUAGUCGUACGUUUAUAAGUUUUAAAAUUAAUAUAUUUUGUGUUCUUUUAUAUUUAUCUUUUGAAACAUAUGUUUAACAUUAAAUAUAGCAUGACAAAAGUUUUUUUGUACAGAAAUAAAAAUAAUUUAUACUAAAGCUUAAAAUGCUAAUGAUUAUUUAUAUAAAUCAAAAGUAAUUACAAUAGUUUUAGAUGUAUGUAUUAGUUUUUGGCCUUCAUUUUGUUGAAAUUAUUGCCCCCAGACUUAUACUCCCCACUCAAUUUCUAGUAUUUUUUCCAGAUAGUUUGACCCACUAAUACCAUAAGGCAGUUUUAGGCACUCUUUUAAUGAAAUUCGUUGUUUUCGAAUACGUUUUUUCAAUAAGUUUCAUAUAUGUUAGGAUUAAUGUCUGGUGAUUGCGGAGCAUAUAGAGUUAUUUUCAAUUCUAUAUUUUCUGUUGAAAAUUAACAGCCAAUAUAAGCACACUUCUACGUAAAUUAUUUGUAAAUGGUCAGAUAUAGGGGAUGUUCGAGUCUCAAUCACUGCGGCAGUAUAGCAAGGCAUCAUAUUCGACGCAAAAAUUUUGCAAUGUAAGUAUCAGCUGAGUAUCUGCAGAAAAACAACACUGUCGCAAUAUUGCUGCAGUUAUUUGCUUGCUCGAACAUCCCCAUACAUAUGUGCUUAUCCAUUUUUGAAAUGUACACAAAAAACUAAAUGUCCAAACAGUAAGGAAUUGUAAAUCAAAAGAUUUAUAUAAAUAAUCAUUAGUGUAUGCUUACUUAAGCUUUAGUAUUAUUUUUUUUUAUUUGUGUAAAAGAAAUAUUUUGGUAUGCAACAUUUAAUGUAAAAUAGACAUCUUUUGAAAUAAGUAUAAAAAAGAACACAAAAUAUAUUCAAUUUAAAACAAAUAAAUGUGUCGUAGAUUAAUUGAACUAGGUAGGUGUAUGUAAACUUAAUUGAUUCACUGUAAAUGUUUGUUUCGAAACAUGCUAUUUCUAAAAUUCAAGUGUUCUAUAUCUGGGAUGAAUCAUACUCUCCAAGAAGUUUCACUGAAGUAGGGUUAAAAAAAUUGCUCUGAAUGAGGACACACGACAUCUGAGAUUAUUCUGCGAUGAGUGUGGUGUUAACAUGCUCUUAUUCUACCUUUCAAAUGAUUUCAUACCACACCUUAAGGACAUAUAUAAUGGGACAUCUCGACAGGAUAAAUUUUAUGUCAUACUAACUGUAUUGUCGUGCCUAUUGCCUGUGGAGACUCCAUAUUGCUUAUUGCUUUCAAUAUAUGGAAUACUCAGAGGUGUUGUGAAAUCUGAUAGUUGUCGGAAUCAGAAUUGAAACCGAUCAAAAAAGCAGUAUACUUGGCGAAUAAAUUAAUCGUUUCCAUAAAUUAAUGUAUGGAACGAUCGGGAAUUAAUUUGGGAAAUUUCGGGAAAGCCUUGUUAUAAUUUGGGAACGAACAGUUAAUUAAGAAUCAUUAAAAACAUAUUCAACCGUAUACUUGGCGAAUUUUUGAGGGAAUGGCAAAAUUUAAAUUGCAACAGACGUAAAAUAUUUUGGGAAUUAUCAGGAAAUAUUUUUUUUUAAUUUGGGAAAGCGAUGUUAUAAUAGUAAUUAUGUAUUUAAAAAUCUGACACUGGGUCACGUGAUGGACUCAACCCUCCUCUCGUUCUAAUGAGUAGUGGGGGUAUACAAAGAGGAUUUAGGUUAUGGAAUUUUUUUUAUUGAUGAAUGGCUACGAUUGACCUCAGAUAGGGUACUUUGGGUUGAUUCAGAGAGAUGAAACAGUCUUCAAAUAUUUUUAUAAAGAUUAAUUAGAUGUUUCCAUCAGAGUUUUCUACAAAGGAACCAUUGCCUAGAAUUCAUUGGAAAAAUUUUUCUUGUGCCGAUGCUUCAGUUGGCACGAUUCCGAUUACUUUGGCGGAGGCGUACAAAAAACCGAAUUUCCCUAUUUGGGGUAUGUGCGGAUAGGGGAGCUUCUCCAGAGAAGAAAUAUCCAAAAAUAAUAUAAAAAAACUUUUAUUUUUUACAAUAUUCACGAUUAAAAGUUCAAAAAUUUGCACUAAUAACACAUGGUAUUUCUCUAUGUUUCACUAAAUUUUUUUCACGUUUUCACUCUGUAUAUUUAAAUAUACACUCUAAACAUUGAAAUAAGUUCACAUUUCACUUUUAUUUUGGUAUAUUUUACCUAAAUUUAUUAAUUUAAAAAUCACUUAGCACACUCAUCGUUGAAAAGGUUAGAUUGUUUACAAUUAUGAGGAAAACAAGCCUUGCCACAUCUUAAACAGCAAAUAUGUUGGAUUUUUAAAAAUUUUUCUUUGUUUUCUUUUUCGCGUGAUUCUUUUUUCUAUAUUAACUAUAAAAAAUUCUUUCUACAUAUGUAUAUGUUAUUUAUGUGACUGAAGUACUUUCGCGUAGUACUCCUUUCUGCGUUAAAAUAAAAAAACAUUGAGUUUCGUUAUAAAGUGGUCAUAUUUUUUGGUUAUCUUGCACUCAUAUUGAAACAAAAUUUGAGUUUUCGUUAUAAAAUGGUUAAAUUUUGGUUAUUAUAUCUGUCAGCGCUUUCCAUUUAUUUUUGAUAAUACGUUUUUUUUGUAUAUUAGGUGACAAUAUAUAUAAUAUUACUUAUUUGUUUAUUAAAUUAAAUAAAGAACAUAUCCACAUGAAUGGAUAGAGGAAUUUUUGGGAAAAAAGGCCUUUCAGCGAAUUUCCAUCUUAUCACAUGGUAGCGCUCCAUUUCGUCGUAAUUGAUGUUCACUACGAGUGUAAAAUGUAAUUUUUAAAAUAAAGAUUUCUUCGGUAAAAAGACUGUUAAAAGUGUAAAAUGUGGAUUUAUUUAAAAGUUUAUAGUUUAAUUUAAUUAAUUUGAAAUGAAAAAUGUGAGUAAAGUGUGUUUAAUGUGGUAAAAUAGCUUGUUGAAAUGUUCGAAUUUUGGGAAUUUUUGAACUGUAAGGUCGAAUAUCUCGCAAACUAAGCGUUUGUGGUACCUAUAACCCUGUAUAUUUUUUAAUCAGGAGGACUUCCUCUUUUCAACAGUUCAACUCGCGGCGCCAAAGAAUUCGGAAUUGUGCCCUUCAGUUUGUGAAUCUGCUGAAUGUCACAUCUUCUUUGGUUCACAACAGAGUUAUCGAGAAGUACUCCAUUAUUCUGAGUUUCUUAGAUUAUUGCACUUAGAUAGGACACAUUUCCUAAUAGAGAUUUAACGCAAUUUCCAUGGACUUCAGUAGAACUCAAUAUAAUGUGUCCAUCCUCAUUGGAUACCCCCACUACUCAUUAGAGCGAGAGGAGGGUUGAGUCCAUCUCGUGACCCAGUGUCAGAUUUUUAAAUACAUAAUUACUAUAAUAACAUCGCUUUCCCAAAUUAAAAAACAUAUUUCCUGAUAAUUCCCAAAUGAUUUUACGUCUGUUGCAAUCUAAAUUUCGCCAUUCCCUCAAAAAUUCGCCAAGUAUACGGUUGAAUAUGUUUUUACUGAUUCUUAAUUAACUGUUCGUUCCCAAAUUAUAAAGAGGCUUUCCCGAAAUUUCCCAAAUUAAUUCCAGAUUUUUCCAUACAUUAAUUUAUGGAAAUGAUCAAUUUAUUCGCCAAGUGUACGGCGGUCAUGAAUUCAGACAUUAUUGGUUUGAUAUUCGAAACAGAAUUUGUAUCGGUUUUGGGUGUCACAGAAACCAAUUUUGUCGGUUUUGCUGUCAGAAACAAAGUAAGAAGAUAGUCGCACACUGAUUUGAAAUGUAAGUUAAGAAAUCGAGUUAUUUUAUUGUUUCGAAUUGAUUUAUCUUUAUUUCUAUGGAAGAAAACAUAAGAAUAAAGUACGAAAUGUUUUAA